GGGGCGCCCUGCUUCCUCUCGAGCGCGGCAGCAGUCGGUUCAAGAGUAAAGGAAAGCAAACUCUUUGUCUUCUGCUGCUGGUCUGGGAGAAAAAGUCACGGCAGUCCCACAUCUGUUGGUGAAAAAUGGAUAAACGACAGGCUGUAAAAGGCAUGUUGACUAACCUGUCAAAGGACGAAUUUACCGAAUUCUGCGAAGAGCUUGUGUACCGCGAAAAGCCGCCGUUGGUCGCACUCAACAAGGUGGAGGGGAAAAGCGUCUUAGACAUCAUGAAGCUCCUGCUUUCCACUUUCCAUGAGAAAGCUGUCGAAGUGGCUGCAGAGGUAUUGCACACGAUUGGAUGCAACGAAGCAAGAGCCAAGCUGUUGAAAGAUGCAGGUGUUAAAUACUCAGAACCUGGAUCCAGUAACAUGGAAGCUACGGGUGGACCGUCCUCAGAAAAUGGAUCAAGGGACAGUGAGCACUUUGUGGAUAAACAUAGAACCGAGCUGAUCAACAGAGUGAACUGCGUUGCAGACAUUUUGGACCAGCUGCUUGAGAAAAAAGUCAUCACACAAUCCAGUUAUAGUGAAAUCCUGGUAAUCCCAACCACUCGGCAGAAGAUGAGGGAGCUCUUCAGUGGUCCCCUGAAUGCAGCAGGGCCCCGUGGCAAAGACGUCUUCUACAGAAUCCUUGAGAAAGAGGAGCAAUAUCUCAUUGAGGAGCUAAAGGGAAAGAAGUGAACGUUGCGGAGAAAUCUUUUUUAGACCAAACGUACAUUGUGCCUCAAGAAAAAAAACUUCUUAAAUGAUUCCAAUGGGGAAAUAGUAAUGUAAACGUCUCUGUAGGGGGUUCUAUCAAAUAUAGCUUUUGCACCUUCAUGUUUAAUCAUAGCUCUUGCCCUUUUUUUACACUUGGACCAGUCAUAUUUUGUAAAAUGAAUAUGUUUUCCUGUAAGGUUAAAACCAGAUUCAGCAAACCACGUAAGUCAUUCAUGUGAUGUAAUGAUGUAAGACAUGAUUUAGCGUUCUCACCUGACAUGUAAUGUUUUGAUCCAGCAAAUCCCAGAUGGAUUGAGUCAGCUUUGAACCUAUUUUUUAUAAAUGAAAAGACGCUUGAUAAUGAUUAUCCUUAGGUUUUGCAUGCAGAUUUUAAUUUUGAUUAUUGUUAUAAUGAUUAUAUGUGCUAAACGAUUCCAUUGUUGUUUUUCCCUCAUGAAAAUAUGUUUACUUAUGGAGGCCAAUGUUUUCUAUUUCGAAAUACGUUUUCAAUAAACUCUUAUAAAUAUUACACAUGUCGAGUGAAUAGUGUGUUUUAAAAGUUGAAGCAAACAUAAUGAUGUAAUGAAGUUAACAGAUUUAGGAACUUCGCUUUCCUCCUAGAUUUGUUUUAAUGUUUACAUAUUAUUCUUAUUAUUUAUUAAACUGGUUGUUCAGAGGGGUACUGUGGAAGAAGGUAGUAUUAUUUUGCCGUUAUCCACAAACAUUGAUUUAUUAACCAACCGCAAUUUGUAUGAACUAAUUGUUUAGCCUUACCUAC